AUGGAGAGUGAGAAGAAGAGGAGAAAGUACUCCACUAGUAGCAAUGAUUCUGACACCACUGACAGUCACGUGACCACUUGGUCGAGGUCCUCCAAGAACAUGGGGACCAGCAGCACCUGGGCGUGGCAGAAACACAGGAAACCGUCUGAGGUGUUCCGGACGGAUUUCAUCACGGCCAUGAAGCUGCCAGACUCGGCCCAGCUGAGCCCAGAAGAAUACUAUGUGCUGUCUGACCCGUGGAGGCAAGAGUGGGAGAAAGGAGUCCAGGUCCCAGCCAGCCUGGAGGCCAUCCCCGAACCCGUAGUCCGAGUGCUUCCAGAAGUCAGUCGGAUCCCAUUCUACUCUCCGAUGCAGAGCCUGGAGCGCUCUGAGUCAGUGCUGGGGGACUCGCAGAGCCUCACAGAACAACUGAGUCGCUACGACUUGGACACUCUGGACGUGGCCUGGCUGGAACUGGUCAAUUCAGAGUUUAGGGAGUUAGCGUUGCCGGAGCUGGAUGAGCUGACUAUGGAGCGGGUUCUGGUGGAGCUGGAGAACCAGUGUGAGGAGAACAUGCAGCUGGCGAUCGAGACAGAGGAAGGUUUAGGCAUCGAGUACGAUGAGGACGUGGUGUGUGACGUGUGCCGCUCGCCCGAGGGAGAGGACGGAAACGAGAUGGUGUUCUGUGACAAGUGUAACGUCUGUGUGCACCAGGCGUGUUAUGGUAUCCUGAAGGUACCGCAGGGGAACUGGCUGUGCCGGACCUGUGCGUUAGGGGUGCAGCCCAAAUGCUUGCUGUGUCCCAAGAGAGGCGGGGCCCUGAAGCCGACCCGCAGCGGAACCAAGUGGAUUCAUGUCAGCUGUGCCUUAUGGAUCCCUGAGGUGAGUAUUGGCUGUCCAGAGAAAAUGGAGCCCAUCACUAAGGUGUCCCACAUCCCUGCCAGCCGCUGGGCCUUGUCCUGCAGCCUCUGCCGAGAACAUACAGGCACCUGCAUACAGUGCUCCAUGCCUUCCUGCAUCGUUGCCUUCCACGUGACCUGUGCUUUUGACCACGGUCUGGAGAUGCGCACGAUCCUGGCUGAGAACGAUGAGGUGCGUUUUAAGUCCUACUGCCUGGAGCACAGCAGCAGCUCCAUCCACAGCAGCAAGGCCGACAGACCCGACGCCAAGCCGGACGCCGAGCAGGCGCCGCCCGCGCCCGAGCGCCCGGACCGCGACCAGAUGGAGCUGGAGAAGGCCAGCCAGCGCAAACAGAAGCUCCAGGAGCUGGAGGACGAGUUCUACCGGCUGGUGGAGCCCAAGCAGGUGGCGGAGUGCCUCGGCCUUCCCGACGUGCACGUGGACUUCCUCUACCAGUUCUGGAAGCUGCGGCGCCGGGCCAACUUCAACCGGCCGCUGGUGGCGCCGAAAAAGGACGAGGUGGACAACCUGGCUCAGCAGGAGCAGGACGUGCUCUACCGACGCCUCAAGCUCUUCACCCACCUCCGCCAGGACCUGGAGAGGGUGAGGAACCUGUGUUACAUGGUGACACGGCGGGAGAAGAUGAAACACUCCCUGUGUAACUUGCAGGAGAAGAUCUUUAACCUGCAGAUCCAGUUACUGGAAGAGGACCUGGCCGGAGAAAAAACUCUGAAAGGAGAGAAAAGCCGGCAGAAUGGGAUGAAGGAGAGGGGGAAGGAACGGAGGAAAAGCAGCCCGGAAAAGAAGGAGAGAUGGAAAUCAGAGAACGACACGCUCCUCAAACAGCUGAGUUUCUCCAAGUCCUUCCCUCUGGAUGGGUCUCUGUUUGACAGCUGGCUGGCCCAGUCAGUCCACAUCACAGCUGAUAACAUGCUCAGCAAAUGGUCGUUGGCAGGAGAACCCCAUGAGAAGACAGCCAGCCUCCUCUCAGACCAGCUCCUACAGGGAGAGGAGAACCUCCUCAGCCUCAUGAUGGACCACUCCAUGAAGUCCACCUGGAAGACGCCUCAGCUGGGUCGCAAACCCAGGGGCAAGCCGCGAGGCCGCGGGCACAAGACCAGCCCCUCCAUCCCGGGCACCAUCGCCGCGACCACUGCCUCCUCCGUCAAAGGCAAGGGCCAGACAGAGAAGGUGGGACCCCACAGGGGCCAACGGGGCGACAGGCUUCGCUCCUCCAAAACCUCGCACCACCAUCACCACCACCCGCACGGCCAGACGAGGAGCGGCCGAGCCAACCCCCCCGAUGCUCCCCAGCCCCCCAUCUCCAAAAUGAACUCCUGCCACAUCUCGGAGGAGCGAGGGCCGUGGGACAGCCAGGCGUUCUCCAGAGUGACGUCGGAGCCCUGCAGCCCCGACGCGGCGGCCGAAACAGAGAGCGAGAGGCCUCAGCGGCCGGCCCUACCCCUGCGACUCUCCAGACAGGGCAAGUCGCGCUUCAAGAGCGAGGGGAAGGAGGCGGCGGAAACGACGGCCCGUGAGACCCCUGGGAAGGAGGCAGGGCUGCUGCUGGACACUGAGACUGACGGAUACUUCUCUGACGCAGAGCAGAGCGACUCGGACUCACGCCCCACCAAUCGCAGGCUCCGCUUGCCCCAGCUGCAUGCUGGGAACAAGGAAUUGGUGCGGCAGAGUGUGCUAGCCUCCUAAAACUG